UCUAGAAAUUACACAAAGGGGUUGUAAUUCACAUCGAGCAGCGAACAUCACGACCGCAAUUGUCCAUCAGAUGCUGAAUGUAGUCGAGAUCUUUAAAUACUGAAUGUUUUAAACAGCACAUGUCUGCCGUCCAUUAGCAGACACAACAGAGGCAGUGCUGUGACUAGCGCAGCUGAGAUGAGUAACGUUAAUACUGAAGUGUAGCGGUUGAACGUGCUCGAUGUGUCUCUGAUACUGCGGGUGGAAAGUUGGGUGUCAAGGACCAGCGAAUGUACAGAGGGGAAUAUGGUGUUUUUAUAUGAUCCGUGGCUCACAGCUUUUUCCUCUUCCUGUUAAGAUUAGCGGAAGCCAGCAGUACAGUAGUGGUUUUUUCUCUUCAUCUACAGCAGCCGGUUGUGGCUGUCAGUGAUCCGCUUCCCGGUGUUUCAUUAACGGACAGACAUCUGAACAUCUUCUCAGCGGCUUUGGACUAUUACAGACCAGAUAGAUCAGUGAGAUACUUAUUUCUGAAGAUGACGGGCAAAUCAGUCAAAGACAUUGACCGCUAUCAGGCUGUUCUCACAUCUCUUCUCGCCUCAGAGGAAAACAAGUUUUGCGCUGAUUGUCACGCCAAAGGUCCCAGAUGGGCAUCCUGGAAUCUUGGAAUCUUCAUUUGUAUCCGCUGUGCGGGAAUCCACCGGAAUCUUGGUGUGCACAUAUCACGAGUUAAAUCUGUAAACCUGGACCAGUGGACUCAUGAGCAGAUACAGUCUGUUCAGGAGAUGGGGAACGCCAAAGCUCGGCGACUAUACGAGGCCUUUUUACCAGAGUGCUUCCAGCGCCCAGAGACAGACCAAGCUGCUGAGAUUUUUAUCCGUGACAAAUACGAUAAGAAGAAAUAUAUGGAUAAAUGCAUUGACAUCCAGUCCUUUAGGAAAGAAAAGAGUGAGACCGUAACGAAAGAGGCUCCUGUUGUUUUUGAAAAGAUGAAGCUGAAAAAAGACGAGCCACAGCCAUUCAAAAACAGUCCAAAGAAGCAGUCACAGUCUGUUAAUGACUUACUAGGGCUAGAUGCCCUAGCUCCUCAAGCUCCCGUGUCCAAUGGCAAACAGAGCACUGAAAUUAGUCCCGCCCUCGACCUCUUCACCUCUAUGCCUGCUGCCGUCAGCAGCUCAAACUCCGCCAGGAGCACGCCUAGCUCAGGGUCCAUGCCCACUGGACGGGUAGCAGCAUCAGUGCCCGAAAACCUCAGCCUGUUCCUAGAUCCCCCCACCAAAAGCGAGGACAGCGGAAAGAAGAUGUCAAAGGACUCAAUCUUGUCCCUGUACAGCAGUACAGCUCCACAAACAAACAUGGCCGCUCAUGCUGGCAUGUAUAUGGGAGCAACUCAGAUGGGCUAUGUCCCUGCUGCAGGCUACGGCCAAUACCAGGCCCUGGCUGCGCAGCAGGGCAUGAUGGGGCCUAUGAUGGCUCCACAGAUGAACAUACUGGGACAGGCGGGUGUCAUGCCGCAGACCGGAAUGGCAGCUGCUCCUCCGUACAUGGCAGGGGUGCAGGGGGGCGUAAUGGGAAUGCAGAAUGGGAUGAUGGGAAGCAUGGCAGCAGUUCCUCAGCAGGCAUAUGGAGCACAGCAGGCCCAACAGAUGCAGUGGAACAUCAGCCAGAUGACUCAACACAUGGCAGGAAUGAAUUUCUACAGUGCCAAUAACGUGAUGGGAUACGGGCAGUCCAUGGGCGGAGCGGCUGCUCCAGGUUCAAAUCAAAUGCUUGGGUCACACGUGUGGAAAUGAUGAUGUCAUAAAGAGAGAGAGUGGGACAGCGUGUCUGAAUUGGGUGGGCUGGGUUUGCGCCACGACUGACUGACAGCAGAAGGGGAACAGAUUGUAGGAGCAAACACGUUGGGGAGUUGAUUGCAAUCGAAGCAAAGUCUCUACCUCCCUCAUUCUCAGAGCCAGAUUUUCAUGCUUGCCUUCAAACAAUCACAUACUCAGAGAGAGAAUAGAGGUUUUCUUCACAAGGUAUGGUGCAUAUGCAGCGUAUGCUCCUCUCAGCAGAAUGUCACACGAUUCACAGACGUUCCUAAAUGAUGUGUUUUUGCUACAUCCGCUUGAGGAUUUGGUUUUCUAUUCUCUCUUUUAUCGGUCACCGUGAUUUUACCAAGUCGGACUUGUUCCUGGAUCAACAUAUUUUGUUGAUCCUGGAACAACAUUCGUAAGUCUGAAUUAAGGGUGUGUUCACACUUGUAGGUCGGUUCUCUUGGUUCUUAAAAUAGAAAACAAUACAUUUAGUCUUGGUUCACUUUGUGUUCACACUAGCUGCGUCCGAAAUUGAAUACUUCUCUACUGUAUAGUAUGCAAAAAACAGUACGCCAACAGAGUAGUAUGUCCAAAUUCAUAGUAUUCGAAAAACAGUAGUCGAACAGUCCCCGGAUGACCUACUAUUGCCGGCGAGAUUCUUAAGUGUGCAUUCGAUGGAUACUUUACUAUCCCAUGAGGCCAUGGGAGAGGAUUUAUGAAUGGAGGGGAAGCGACGUAACUAACGCCGAUAGGUCACAUGAUAAUGAUAACAUGGCGGAUGUAGCAUGUCUGGAUUACAUUCAUACUCCCCCCCCAUUCAUACUAUAUAGAACAUACUGUCGCAAAGUAAGUUCAAAUUCAAAUGUAGUACCUACUCAGACAGGGGGGGUAAAAAUCACGUUCCGGGGGGUAGAAUUCACGUUUUUGGCAUUCCAGUCCCGCCUUCUAAAUAAGAGCCAGUAGUCGAUUGGUAAAGUCAUCGCGUCAUUCAAAGAGAUAGGAGCUGCACUUGCAUGCCUGAAAGGCGUUUCAAAGAUGGCCGCAGAGUGAAACAACUUGUCUUAAAGGGACUUUGCCUGUACUGAACAAUAAUGGUCAACAUCGCAACUAUGAUGAGAAAAUACAGGUAUGCUUGAGCAUUCUGUCCUUUUUAGGGUCGCAUCUUGUGACAUCAUGUCCUGUUUUUGGUUCGUUUACAUGUACUUGGUCCACGUUCAUAUCAUUGAACCACACCAGAGUUCAUUUGGAAUCAGAUCGAGACCCAUCUUUUCAGGGGUCUCGGUCCGCUUGUUUGGUGCGCACCAGGGUUUGGAUGGCAGCGUUCACACUUAUUCAAAUGAACCGCACUAACAGAGCAAUCUCACCUGGGUUUGUUUUAAUCGAAGCAAACAUGCCAAGUGUGAACACACCCUUAGUCCUAACCCUAUGAGGGAAAUGAUAGGUGAAUAACACUGAUGUAGAAGCACUUAACCCUGGUUGUAAGCCUAAACGUGACAUAAACUGUAAACUUUUCCGUCAGAUCUGAUUGGUUGAUUGAAAUAUUGUUCCAGGAUCAACAAAGAUGUUGAUCCAGGAACAUGGUUGUACUUGGUGAAAUCACGUUCACCCUGUUUUAUCAGUGUUAAGUUGCAGUCAAAUUUACCAUUGUUCAGCAGAUUUUUUUUUGUGGGCAAAAUCCAGUCAGUUCAAUAGGAAUCCACGUGAUCUGGAAUUUUGUGUGAGGGCAGCAUUUUCGAGUUGGUUGAGUGAAUUCACCACGUUUACCAACAGAAACCUGCAAUGGACCUUUUUUGCCUGUGAAAAUUGGCAGAAAUUUCAUUAUUGCGACCUCUCCUUUAGUUUCAAUUAACGACGGUUGUUUCAUUUUAGACACUUGAUCAUAAAGAUACACGUGUAACGCAGGCUAUACGUCUCAUCAAAAGCAUGUUUGCAGUCAUAAAUGAGCAGCUGGAAGUCAUUUUUGUUAGUAAAAGUCUUAAACUUUACUACUGAGGAAAAUGUCUGUUUUAUGUCUCUGCUAUCAGGUUCUGCAAACCUACGAAUGAUACUCUUGUAUUGUCGUCUUUCUAACGCACAGGGUACAACUAAGCCACUUUGACUUUGCUUUCCGUCUCACUCGCUCUCAACUCAGGAGAAAUAAAGGCUUGGGAGGAUGAGGGUUCUCACAUCCAUCUCAUAGCAGGACAUUUACAUUCAGCCAAAGAUUUAUUAACGCUUAGUAGUCGGCACAGAUCUUUGGAAUGACACGUUCUAGACGGAUCCAUGCUGCUUUGCAUCGUUUCAGAGCAUUGCGGUUUGACCUCAAGAGUUUAAUGGCACCAUUGAUUGUAUUGUGCACUGCUUUUUUCCCUCAUUACUGAGUGCAGGGUCACCGCUGGCAGAGAGAAUGAAAUUUUGGGACACUCAGGCUGCAGUUUGGACCGAGACCAAAUGAAUGUUUCACUCUGACUGCUGCCCGAAGAGCAGAAUUUGCCAUGGCCACUGUGUGAAGUUCAUUCAAAGCAGUCAGCUUGGGGUUUCAUUGACUUUGUUCGCUGUUUGUUUGAGCCUAACAUCUACUUUUAAAGUAACCAAAUGUGAUGAGCUUCACUCUUGAUCUUAUUUUAAACUAGAGCAUGUGAAAAGGAGAAACUAAGACCCCUUUAAAAUGACUACUUCCCUGGUGAACAACUGGUUUGCUGGUCUGGUUUACUGGUUUCAGGCAGGUUUUAGGCACUCGUCAGCUGGUCAGGCUGGGAGACCAACUAGCCAACAGCAGCUUGGCCUGGCUGGAAUAACAACAAGAC